AUGAUUACAAAACGAGUUAUUUUUUAUUUGUUUUUUAUUAUUAUUAUUCUUAUUUUACCAUCUUGGACUUAUAAGUUUGAAACUUGUUGUUCAAAUGAGAAAAUAUCAAAUACAACAGCUAGUACUCGUCUUUUAUCAUGUCCUUUAAAUUUUGUUAUUAAAUUACGUACAGUUAUUUUUUAUACGGGUAAUGGUUGUGCACCUAGUGCAUGUCAACGACGUCUUAAUAAACAUUAUCUUGGUUGUAAUAAUCAUCGAACAUGUUCAAUAUCGAUUAAUUGUAUUCGUAUGGAUUCAUCAGUAUGUCCAUCAUUAAUACAAAGUACAACUUAUGCUCAACAUUUAAUUGUCGAUUAUGAUUGUAUUUUAUAUGAACUCGAACCAUCAUUAUCUGCUUUAAAUCGUCUUGACAUCAGUAAUAAUAAAAUUAAUAAUACUAAACAAGAUGAUAAUCAAAAUAUAGUUGUUUUUUCUGCAAAAAUUAAUGUUGAAUCACCACCAGAUAUGAUAAAUGAUUCAAUAUCAACAUUACCAGUUAUGACAGAUGAUGAACGUGCAUGGAAAGAAUUUAUCCUUAAACAAUAUCUUAAUGGUAAACGACCACCAUUAGCAAAUGUUGAACAACCAAUUAUUAUUCAACAAGAACGUUCAUUAUUAAGUGAAAUAGUACGAACUGUAAUAAUACUUAUCAUAUUUACUCUUAUUCUUAUCGUAUUAAUGGUUACUGGUUUUGUUCUUUACAAACGUAUUAAAUUUCUUAGGAAGAGAAAUUUUUUUGGUCAUCAUAAAGAACAAAAACAAAAACAUGAACCAUUUCCAACCGAUGAAGCUUAUGACAAUUUAAAAACAAGUGCAGCUGGUUCAACAACUGAUAGUGGAACGGCAACCGAUGUGUGA